UCGUUCCAUUGCCUCCCUCCGUGACCCCGAUGGGGCCAUGAGUUCGUGCCGCUAUCUUCUGGCCAGCCAUGUCGCCUUUCCACUUACGGCGUCGCUCGUGGUGCGCCGUGUUUGGCCAUCUUGAGCGGUCGUUCCACAGUAACCCACGUGUCUUCGCCUCGCCGUCGUUACAAACCGUUUCUCGCGCUACGCGCCAGACCGACCAUCGGAGCUUAGUAACGACCAACCAUGAUUCGUUAUUUUCACCCGAACCUCGCUAUAAGCCGCGUAGUCGCUUCCCAUGGCGUCACCAGCUGGCGUACGAUUCGGCUCAGAAGUCACUGACUCCUUGCUGCAGCCACAGCACCGCCGCCUUUCGUGAUCCGCUAUUAGCUUCCGCAAUUAGCGCACGUAGCCUCGCUUCUGGAACAGCCUACUCGAGGGACCAUAGACCAACUAGCCGCGAUUUUCUCGGAUCUCGACUUAAAGAAACAGGAAUUCAUGGCUCCUCCUCGCCGUCAGUACACGCUUGGGCGAGAUUCCACUCGAGCUCGAAUGGUGCUGACGUGGCGCGAUCGAAUCCCGAGGUCACUGCGUCAGCCGUGUCCCCAGACGAAGACGGGGAAGCAGCAGCGGGUGACAAUAGCGAGGGUGCCGCAGCGGGCGACAGUAGCGAGAGUGCAGCAGCGGAGGUGGAGGAGCCGAGCAUGCCGGUAGUGGCGAUGGCUGACAGCCGUCCGAUCGUUGUGAUCGUAGGGCGACCCAACGUCGGCAAGUCAGCUCUGUUCAACAAGCUCAUGCGGCGCAGGGAGGCGCUGGUGUGCGACACCCCCCACGGCCACAUGACCAGGGACGUGCGGGAGGGGCUCUGCACCUUCUUUGGCCUCCGCUUCCGAGUCUUUGACACAGCAGGACUCGAACCCGCGACCUCUGCCUCCCACAAAGGGCAGAGCCAGGGACAGACUGGUUCUGGGGUGGGGGGAAGAGAUGGGGGGGAUGGUGGCGUGGGAAGGGUUUUGGGGCCGAGCCUGCUGGAGAGUUUAGGGGAGGCGGAUCGUGCGGCGAUGGAGGCGUCGAUUCUGCAACGGACGGCUGAGAUCACUUCGUACUUGCUGGGGCAGGCAGUGGCGGUGCUGUUUCUCGUGGAUGCCAGGUCUGGCAUUCAACCUGCUGACGUGGAGGUCGCUGAUUGGCUGCGCCGCUCCGUCCCAAAGCACCGGGUGGUGCUGCUGGCGAACAAGUGCGAGGGGCUGGGUGGCGACAGCACAGGCCUGCUGGCGUGCCACGUGGCGGAAGCCUAUUCGCUGGGGUUCGGGGACCCGAUACCCAUAUCUGCUGAGUCAGGGGAGGGAUUGGAGGAUCUGUAUGCGGCUGUGAAGGGACCAGUGGAGGAGAGGGAGAGAGAUAUGGAGGAAAUGCGGGAGGAGAGGGAAAGAGAUAUGGAGGAGAAGGAGCGGGAGGGGAGGGAGGAACGGAUUAUGUCUGUUUCAGGGGACCAGUGGAGGAGAGGGCGGGAGAGGGAGAGGGAGAUGAGGGAGGAGAGGGAGAGGGAGAGGGAGAUGAGGGAGGAGAGGGAGAGGGAGAGGGAGAUGAGGGAGGAGAGGGAGAGGGAGAGGGAGAGGGAGAUGAGGGAGGAAAGGGAGAGGGAGAGGGAGAGGGAGAUGAGGGAGGAGAGGGAGAGGGAGAGGGAGAGGGAGAUGAGGGAGGAGAGGGAGAGGGAGAGGGAGAGGGAGAUGAGGGAGGAAAGGGAGAGGGAGAGGGAGAGGGAGAUGAGGGAGGAGAGGGAGAGGGAGAGGGAGAGGGAGAUGAGGGAGGAGAGGGAGAGGGAGAGGGAGAGGGAGAGGGAGAUGAGGGGGGAGGGAGAGGGAGAGGGAGAGGGAGAUGAGGGAGGAGAGGGAGAGGGAGAGGGAGAGGGAGAUGAGGGAGGAGAGGGAAGGGAGAGGGAGAGGGAGAGGGAGAUGAGGGAGGAGAGGGAAGGGAGUAAGUCAGCAGUUUCAGGAAUCAGCCGGCUGACAAAACAGGGCGAAUCUGCGGCGUCUUUGCCAGAUGGCGAGGGCUCUGCAGCAGCAGUGGAUGAUGCUGCCGCCGUUGCCACAGCUCUGGAAAUGGCAGCAGCAGAUGCAUCCCAAGCACCAGCAGCAGAGGAAGAGGCAGAGCAAGCAGCAGCAGAGGCGCUGGACAUACCGCUACAGCUGGCCAUAGCGGGUCUGCCCAACGUGGGCAAGUCAACGCUGGUCAACUCUCUUCUGGGUGCGCAGAGGGUGCUGACAGGGCCGGAGCCGGGGCUCACGAGAUGCGGGACCACUCUGGCCGUGCCUGCAGUGUCGGUGGCCAGCUGCUCGUUCUCUGCCUCCCACCGCGGAAGCCUAAAGUAGUGCUUGUAGCGGGGGUCGAGCAUGGUGGCCACUGCCAGCUCCUUCGCCACCCCGUACUCGUACUUCUUCAGGACCUCCAGCGCCUCCCAUGCCAUGUCUUUAAUCACA